AUGGCAGGGCAAGCACUACAUACAUUGCUGCCUGCUGCCAGUUUACUGCAGCUGAAUGACGUACGAGACGCAUGCUGUGACUUCCUACAGAAGCAACUCCAUCCUACGAACUGUCUUGGUAUCAGAGCGUUUGCCGACGUGCACUCGUGUAGCGAACUUUAUCACUAUGCCCAGAAUUAUACCAUGCAGCAUUUCAGUGCGGUUGUCCAUAGCGAUGAGUUCUUUGCACUCCCUGCUGCUCAAGUCUGUGAAUUGAUAAGCAGCGAUCACCUGACAGUUCAUUCCGAAGAAGAGGUAUUUGAAGCCGUGGUAUCGUGGGUAAAGCAGGAUCCUAGUAACCGUAGCGACUACAUGCCUCAGCUGGUUGAACAUGUCAGAUUACCCCUCCUCUCAAGGGACUACCUCAUCCAACGGGUCGAGGAGGAACAGCUCAUAAAAGGCAAUAGUGACUGUAAAGACUUCUUGAUAGAAGCCAUGAAAUACCACCUAUUACCUAAAGAACAGAGAGGUACAAUGAAGAAUCCUAGGACCAGAUUACGAACACCUAUUGGUCUACCAAAGUUAAUGUUGGUAGUCGGUGGACAGGCCCCCAAAGCUAUUCGCAGUGUUGAAGUGUAUGACUUCAAGGAAGAGACCUGGACGCAAGCAGCUGAAAUGCCUUCCAGGAGAUGCAGAGCAGGAGUUGCUGUUCUAAAUGGCAUGGUGUAUGCCGUUGGUGGAUUCAACGGGUCACUGAGAGUGAGAACAGUCGAUGUCUACGAUCCUGUUAGAAAUAUGUGGUCUUCGGUCGCAUCCAUGGAAGCGAGACGUAGUACGUUAGGCGUAGCAGUCUUGAAUGGGAUGAUCUAUGCCGUAGGAGGAUUUGACGGCACCACAGGUUUGAGUAGCGUAGAGGCAUACGAUCCUAAGAUAAAUGAAUGGAGACCAGUAGCACAGAUGAACACAAGACGGAGUAGUGUAGGAGUGGCUGUCCUUAAUGGGUUCCUGUAUGCUGUAGGCGGUUAUGAUGGAGCUUCAAGGCAUUGUUUAAGCUCAGUUGAAAGAUAUGACCCGGCUGAAAAUAAAUGGUCUACUGUGGCUGAGAUGAGCACAAGAAGAAGUGGUGCAGGUGUCGGUGUGGUAGAUGGGUUGCUCUAUGCAGUAGGCGGCCAUGAUGGUCCGAUGGUUAGGAAGAGUGUCGAGGUGUAUAACCCAGAUUCAGAUAGAUGGUCACAAGUAGCCGAUAUGACUCUAUGCCGGAGGAAUGCAGGUGUCGCAUCAGUGAAUGGACUCCUGUACGUUGUAGGCGGGGACGAUGGAACGUCAAAUCUUGCCUCUGUGGAAUGCUUCAAUCCAAGAACUGACAAUUGGUCGUUGGUACGCUCUACCAUGACGACGGGGCGCAGUUAUUCGGGAAUCGCGACCAUCGACAAGGUCCCGUCCCUGAACGCUUACCGGGAAGGGAAUUCGCUGCAGUGGGAUCCCGAGAGCAUGAAGUCGGAAGGAGCUUAUGCCCAACUACCAAACCCAUGAUGAAUGAUGAGGAGCAUUAUCAGCAUUAUUUGGACAAACCACAUGAGGUUUCACAUGCAGAGCGAAUUGCUUGAAGGACAUCGUCGAUCGCAAUUCGACGUCGGGUCCACGAACGUGAGCUUCACCUCUACGUGCAUGUAAAUGAUUUUAUUUGCGUAGUGAGCAAUCAAUCCGCAUGGAAGAACAAUUUUUCAUGGACUUUUAUUUAUCUGGUUGAUAAAUGAUUAAGUAUUCGAGUGUAUAUUUACUGUUAUAUUCAACUCCUGAUGGCAGUGCAAUGGGCUGAAUAGGUCUCUUUCUUGCUUCACGCUUUAUCAAGAACGAGGAAUGCGUGAAACCACCGACUUCACCUCGUCCCAGUUAACUGUAUCUCUCAUUUGCAAACGAAAUAGGAAAAUUAUCCCGUGGUCCUUUCUAUAUGGUUCAUGUAAUGAGUAGUAUUCACAUCAUCUUUUCUGUUAUUAAGCAUUAAUUGCUUUGAAAUCUACAAUUUGAGGAAUCAAUAACAUCUGGAAAUGUUGAGGCUUUCCCUCGGCCCUGUCUUACAAAGAGUUGUGAUUGGUCCAAUCAAUCGCAAUUAUGGAAGGCCAGCAACAACAUUAAGUAGAAUAUGUAUAUUCUUUCAAAUCAUGUCCUCUAAAAUUUGACAACUACUCAUGCAUGCAUCAUUGUAUUGGCCCAUUAACAUGAUCCUUGUUUGCAAAGGGAUAGUCGCAUACUCUUUUAGAUAAAGAGUUGGGCUUGAUAAAGAACAUUUCUCAUAUUUAUUUAAGUUUAAGUGGAAAAACAUGGCAUUGUUUUAUACGCAGAUUUGUAAAAAGUAUUUAUUGACCUUAUUUGUGUUAGAUGUGGUGCGAAACUGGUCUCUCCGCAAUUAUUUACAUGUAAAUUGAAGUAAAUGUACACUAUAAAAACAACUGAACAUAUUGUGCGUAUGCAGAACCAAAUCAUGUGACCAAAUUAUUACUUCUUUAUUUCCAACUGUAUGAUAAUACUUGAGUCGAAUGAUCCAAAAUAUUUCAUUUUUUCUCUGUGUUUCAAGAUCUGGGCAAGAAUGAAAUCACAUUUAAAAGGUAUCCACAGUAUUUUCUAUACAGAUUAUUAUGUCUUUGUCAAAGUCAUGAGUUCCCUCAAAAGUCGAAUCUGCCGAAGUAGCAAGAUUUUUCAAGUCAUCUGUAAUAAUCUGAUUUUGAAUGACAAUCAUUUGUUGUCAGACACUAACAUGUUCAUCAAAAUAUCUAGUUGCAUGGCUAUGGGGUCGUUUUCACCAAUGCUUUGUUUUUAUGAGCUUCUUUUUGUGGGGGAUGGGAUAUAGGUACCAAACUUGGGCAAUUGCAGAAAAUCACUUUCAUGUCACUACAUGAUAGCGGGUAUUAUCCACAACGAGAGAAAGGUUAUCGAUAUCUCUAAGUGGAAAAAACAUGCGAUUAUCGACAAGACUAGCGAUAAAAAGAAGUUAUCAAUAACAGCACUAGAUGGGAUAUAGGUACCAACCUUGGGCAGGUGGCCAGUUUUAGCUAGGGCCGUUACUUUAACGUAACUUAUCAAUAAUUUUGCCAUCCCAGUGGUACUCAUGACAUGUAUGGUAACAAUGAUCAUCAGCCAUUCAAAAUCAAGUAUUCCAUGCAAUUAGUAAACACAAGUGGCAGAGUUCCCUUUGAGGUAGGUAAGUUUACUGCAGCGUGGCUUCGGUUUGAUUGAAGCAUAACGGAAGAAUAAAGGUGCCUGCAUGCUGAACACAGUUCGGGCCAUGGUCCCUCAGUUCUGUUUAUAAAAAAGAUGUGGAAAUUAUUUGUCUAGAAUAAAUAGAGAAUCAUGAUCACAUCAAUCAUUUACUUUACCCAUAAUGGAACGCAAUUACUAGAAAGAUAUUUAUACGAUCGCUUUCUGAGCAAGUUAAUAUGCGGUUGGGACACGUACCUAGACUCUCUUUGGUUUGCUAGCACCCUUCACAUCUGUAACUCCCCACAAUCUUUUAUAUAUUGAAUAUCUAAACUAUGCAGUAGAUAGUCGAUGUUGAUACGAUAUAUCCACCAUGAAAACUCCCCUCGAUCCUAUACAUAAUGGUAGCUUUUAGAAUUCCAUCUCACGGCAAAAAAUUAAUGUUCAUGAACAAGCUAAAAAAGGUCACCUUUUUAUGCAAAAUUAGAAGGAUCGUGUGUAGAUGAGGUUGAUAAAGAGUAAGAAGACUUGGUAGUAAUCGCUAGUACAUUCCCCUUGUUUACAGUGUAUUGUAUGUCCUUUGUUAAACAGGCUUUGAAAGAAAUGAAGAUAUGAAGAAAACAAAAUCAGCCUGAAUGAAUUGUAACUUGCCAAUCAUUAUUGCGUAUGAUUAUUUUACUGAGUCGGAUAUCACACAUGUUUUCACCAUGCAAUAACUAUGUGCUAUGUUGAGCUUUGAUUAUUAUUGUAAGAUAUUGAUAACUGUUCAUUAAAAAGAAUGUCACUGAUGAA